AUGAAGAAAAAUGUUGAGAGCAGUGACAUUGUUAUUCAAAAGUCCAAGAGGAAGAAAACUUCUCUAGUUUGGGAUCACUUCAAAAAAGUGGAAUUAAAGAAUGGAAAAAAAUGGCAAUGUAUACACUGUGAAAAUAAUUAUUCUGUUGUUGCUAGUGGAUCAACCAGUCAUUUGAUGAGGCAUUUAAAACAAACAUGUCAUGUUUACAAGAAGCUAGUAGCACAACAACAAAAAUCAAACUUUCAGCCAGCAAAAAGCAAGAUUGAUGAGAAGCUUUCUGGACCACUACUAAUGAAUUCAGGAGGUAAAUAUGACCAUGAAAGACAACGAGAAGCCACCACACAUUGGAUUAUGAUGCAUGAACAUGCAUUUAGUAUUGUUGAGGAAGAAGGUUUUCAUUUUAUGAUGAAGUGUUCUAAUAUUUCAUAUGAGAAAAUUAGUCGGAAGACAUUGAAGAAUGAUUGUAUUGCUGUUUAUGAAGCUGAAAGAAAAAAGUUGAAGUCUACUUUAAGGACAGUAAAUAAGAUUUGUUUGACCACUGAUUUAUGGAAGUCACAAAAUCAGAAGAUAGAAUACAUGGUGUUAACUGGCCAUUUCAUUGAUGCUGACUGGGUUUUGCAGAAACGUAUUCUUAGUUUUGUUCAUGUUCCUCCUCCUUGGCGUGGUGUUGAUAUUGCUGAUGCUAUCUUCAAAUGUCUUAAAGAUUGGGGUAUUGAAAAUAAAAUAUUUAGUGUGUCAGUGGAUAAUGCACAUUACAACGAUAGAUGUUUGAAAGAGUUAAAAGUUCUGAUUUUAAGGCACCGGAAAUUAGUGUUAGAUGGAAAGUUAUUUCAUGUGCGUUGUUGUGCGCAUAUACUAAAUUUGCUUGUUCAAGAUGGUAUUGGGAAAAUAGCAAAAAUAGUUGAAGACGUGCGUGAAAGUGUGAAGUUCAUCAAUCAGUCUGAAGCAAGGUUGCAAACAUUCUCACAAAUAGUUCAACAACUAAAGCUUGGUGGUAAAAAAUUAAUUCUUGAUUGUCCUACUCGUUGGAACUCCACCUAUCAAAUGUUGUCAGUUGCAAUGCAGUUCAAAGAAGUCUUCCCUCGUUUUCAAGAUCGAGAACCAAGCUAUACAACUCUUCCAGAUGAUGAUGAUUGGGAAAAGGUUAAAAAAGUUUCCAAGUUGCUAGAGGUAUUUAAUGUUGUUACAAAUAUUAUUUCAGGUAGUGAAUAUCUAACUGCUAACUUAUAUCUUGCUGAGGUAUUUCGAAUCAAACUAGUUUUAGAUCAAGCUAUCCAAGAUGAAUCUGAUUUUAUGAAAGAAAUGGCAAAAGCGACGAAGGGAAAAUUUGACAAAUAUUGGAGCCAAUGUAAUCUUGUUAUGUCGCUUGCUUCUGUUUUGGACCCUAGGAUCAAAAUGAUGGGUGUUAACAUGUGUUUUCCCUUAAUUUAUCUGGAUGUUGAAGCUAGAAAAAAUAUAGAAAAUGUGCGUAUCGCGCUUGAUGAUAUGUACAAAGAGUAUGCUGAUAUACUUAGUGAGCAUAGUGAAGAAGGAUCUAGUAGAAGUGGUGUUGAUCAAAAUGGGCUUAUUUUGGAGUCACAAAAAUCCUCAGGGUGGUCAUUGUUAAUGAAUUAUGUCGAAGAACAACAAGCAAUUCCUGCUGUAAAAUCUGAAAUUGAAGAGUAUUUGAAUGAGCCAACUUACAAACCUAAAGAUAACGGCCAUAUGUCAUUUUCAAAUGUUCUUGCCAUUCCAAUAUCUACUAUGGCUUCGGAGUCAACCUUUAGCGUCGGAGGGAGAGUUAUCGAUUCAUUUCGAGCUUCUUUAAGUUCAUCUACUGUCGAAGCUUUAAUUUGUGGUGGUGAUUGGCUUCGAAUAUUGCAUGGAAUUAGGAACAAACCUAAGGUGGAGCAAGUGCAAACAGAAAUUACAUUACUCCCUUGA